AUGAGGGAGGAAGAAGUCGAAUUCAAGAGGGAGGAAGUAGUCGAUUUCAGGAGGAAGAAGUCGAAUUCAAGAGGGAUGGAUUUCAUCGAAUUCAGGAGGGAUGGAUUUCAGGAGGGAGAGAUCGUGGGUGGGGCUCACGAGGGAAAGGAUUUGAAUGUCCUCCAAGUUGAAAUCCAGAAAAGCCUCUCAGUCUCAGGGACGAAAUUCCUCAUUGUUUUGGACGAUGUCUGGGACAAGGAGGAUGCGGCAUUACAUGACUGUUGGACUCUCCUGCGAAGGCCAUUCGAGUCAGGCAAAGCGAAAGGUAGUAAAAUCAUAGUCACAACUCGAUUCCAGUCCGUUGCAUCUGUCAUGAAGAGUUGGACCGCCCCAGUGCACAUAUUGCAUGCGCUGUCCCCCAAUGAUUGUCGGGCUUUGCUGGCUUACCAUGCGCUAGGUGCGGUCAACUUCAAUGAUCACCCUGAUCUGAGGCCUGAGGGUGAGAAGAUAGCUGAGAAAUGUGCAGGCUUGCCUCUGGCAGCAAAGACUGUUGGGGGUGUGCUACGGUCAAGAUAUGAACUCAGCGAGUGGAAAGCCAUUUGCUUUGUGUAUUGCGCGGUAUUCCCCAAGGACUAUGAAUUCGACAAGGAUGGUUUGAUCUCAUUGUGGAUGGCCGAGAAUCUUUUGGGGAGGCCGCGUUCAGAGGAGACCAUGCGAGAUCUUGGCUUGAGAUGUUUCCGUGAACUAUUGAGUAGAUCAUUCUUUCAACCAUCCAGCAGGCAAGAAUCGUCGUUUGUUAUGCAUGAUCUCUUGAGCGACUUAGCGGCAUCGGUUGCAGGGGAGUUCUGCUUGAGUUUAGGGGAAGGUCAGUUGGACUCUUGCAAAGAGAAGAAAAGUCUCGAAAAGGUACGACACUUGUCACUUAAUCCCCACCGUUACGAGGUAUCAGGUAGGUUUGAAGGGUUUCAUUGCCUAAGGGGAUUGCGAACCUUCCUAGCACUAUACUCUAGUAAGUGCUUAUAUAAUUAUGUCGCCGACAAGGUGAUAGAUGAUGUGCUUCGACACCAAAGGAUUUUAAGGGUCCUUUCUUUAUACGGCUACCAAAUUAGUGAAGUGCCGAAUUGCAUUGGGAGUUUGAGGCAUUUGCGUUAUCUUAAUCUUUCGGGUAGUUGUAUAAAAUGCCUUCCUAGUUCCAUGUCUACUCUAUACAACUUGGAGACCUUGAUACUAAGAGAUUGUCGAGAAUUGGUGGAAUUGCCGAGUUGGAUCAACAAGCUAAUUAACCUGAGGUGUCUCGAUAUUAGCGAAACCUGGUUUUUGAGGAAGAUGCCAAGAGGGAUCUGCAAUUUGGUUAAGCUGGAGAUACUCCCGAAAUUCAUUGUUGGGGGUAAAGAUGGACCAAAGCUUAAAGAAUUGAAGCACCUGCAGUUCCUUCGUGAGGAGCUUACUGUUGAAGGUUUGUGUAAUGUGGGAGAAGUCGGAGAUGCAACGGAAGCUGCUUUGAAUGCUAAGACAGGGUUGACUUCUUUGAUUUUGAGGUGGGGGAAGGAUGAAGGCCCUGCUAGUGCAAGAGAUGCGGAAAAUCAAAUGCAGAUCCUUAGUUGGCUUCAACCCCAUGCUAACAUAAAGAAUCUCGAGAUUGGUGGUUACGGAGGUACAAAGUUGCCUUCUUGGAUCGGAGGUCUCUCAUUUGUUCACUUAGAACAAGUGAGGUUGUGUAAUUGCAGAAAGACAGAGAUGCUACCAUCGCUUGGGGUUCUGCCUCAGCUGAAGGAAGUGGAAGUUCGACGUAUGGAUGCGAUAUGUGCUGUGGGACCUGAAUUUUGUGGAAAUAUGGUGAAGCCUUUUCCAUCUUUAGAGAAAUUGGUUUUUGUUGAGAUGCACGCAUUGGAGCGAUGGUCUUUCUCAACUGGCAGCGAUGGGGAAAACAAUCCAUUUCCCCGGCUAUCUAAGCUGAGCCUGGAAGAUUGUCCAAAGUUGAUGAUCAUUGAAGGGUGGCCGAGUCAAUUUCUAGCACUUGUAAAGCUUGUAAUUAAAGAGUGUCCACUUCUAGAGACUCCACUUGCUACCGUCGCUUUGCCAUCUCUCGAAGAGGGUGAGUUUAGAGAUUGUGAUGGGAGAAUGGUGAGAGGUGUAGUUAGCAUAAGCUCAUCUAUUAAGUGUCUCAUCAUGGUUAAAAUUGCAAGGAUUUCCGAGCUGGUAAGUUUCUUGCAAGGAGGUUCCCUGAACUCCUUGACAUCACUUCAGGAGCUCUGGAUAGACAGGUGCGAUGAAUUAACGUGCAUGUGGGAGGAAAAAGAUGGAGGUGCAGUAGGUAUUAAUCGCAACCGUGCUCUGAAGCGUCUGAGAAUAGAAGGAUGUCAUAGGCUAGUGAAGAUCGGGGCACUUCCACCUAAUCUCGAAGAUCUGCAUCUGAAAGAUUGUUUGAAUCUAGAAGAGCUACCGAACGACAUGCCAAGCUCUCUCAGAGUGAUGAGGAUUUGGGAAUGCUCGAAGGUCAGGUCAUUGCGAUUGCCGGUGGAGGGGAUGACGACAUGCAGUCUCGACUGUGAUGAUGGCUCGAGCAGAAGCAGUGGCAGCGGAGGAAAUAGUAGUGCGACGAGACCUCCCUCUCAGCUUCAAGAACUGAGUAUCUUGGUGUGUCCUGCUCUUAUGUCCUCCGACUUCCUCAACGAUAAUGCGAAGCAGCUGGUGGUCCCGAGUCUGAAGAAACUUGAAAUAUGGGGAAGUGGGGUAUUGGGGCCGUCUCUGGAAGGGACAACAAUAGUGGGCCUUGAGGAGAUUUAUAUCACAGGCUGUGAGAUGUUGAAGAGCUUAACCCCACACUUCCAAAGGUCGUUCACCCGUCUCACCAAAUUGUAUCUACGGGACUGUCCAGCUCUAGAGUUAGAGUGCUUCCCGCAGCUUCCAGACACCCUGCGUGGGCUUUCUAUUAGAUAUUGCCCAGGGAUCAAGUCUCUCCCGCAGCAGAUGCACGCUCACCCGUCCCUGCGAGAGCUAGAGAUCCGGAGUUGUACGGGUAUCGCGUCCUUCCCAGAGGAGGGUCUGCCACCUAACCUGGAGAGUCUCACUGUCUCAAACUGUGAGAAUCUGAACCAGCCCAUGUUCAAGUGGGGCUUGAAGCGAACCACUGCCUUACGGGGUCUGAGGAUUGAUGGGAAGAUAGGGUGCCUCGUAGGGAUGAAUUCGUUUCCUCCACCACCAGAUCAUGGAGAAGAAGAUGAGGGACAGGGACCGGGGAAAGGAGGCUGGCACGUGCUCCCUCACAGCCUCACUAGUCUUAGAGUUAACUAUCAGAAGAGCCUGGUGACUCUAUCCAGUGGGAUGCAAAGCCACCUCGCUUGUCUACAAGAAUUAAGUAUUUGGGACUGCCCAAAGCUCAAGUUCUUACCGUGCGAAGGAUUCCCAACCUCCCUCUGUAGGCUUGAACUCGGAGGGUGCAGUGAAGAUUUGGUAAAGAGAUGCUCAAAGGGAGGAGGUGGUGGAAAUUAUUUCCUUUUCAUUGAACGGAUCCCCCUAGUCACCAUCUUCUGUCUCUGA